GCAGUGUUUGUGAAUGUGCUCAUUGUGUCUCCAUAGUAACUGCUGUACCUUCCACCAUAGACAUGCAUGUAGAGCACCCCCAGCAUGAUGUCACUGCAGAGUAUCAAUAGAAUGUGAACGUGAUGUCAUCUGAAACGCAGCAAUGGUCACCUCCCGUCUGCUCCGCGCUUGUCACUAUGGGUCCAUAACACUGCUAUGGAGAGACUGUGGAUCACCGUGGCAACAUGUGUGCUAGUGUCCCGGGCAACAAGAGGCAGUGAGUGGUGGUGGGAGUAUGAAGAGGGAAUACGCCACUACAGCAAAGAAGCUCUUAACCAGGAGUUUCCAGAGAAAACUCGUCCUGUGAGUUUCAAACAUCCAGUGUUUGAGUGUCGUGACAUGACCCCAUCCCCCUCUGUCCCCAGCUCAGUGGAAUUGGUGAAAGCCGCUGAUAUCAAGAUCAUCGCUGCUUUGGGGGACUCUCUGACUACAGCCAUAGGAGCCAAUGCUUCAAACGUCCUGGGGAUCCCUAUCGAGUUUCGACACGUGUCCUGGAGCAUCGGUGGAUACGGCUCAUUUGAAGAUGUCAUAACUCUGGCAAACAUACUAAAGCUCUUUAACCCUGGGCUUCUGGGGGCUGCUCGGGGGAAGACGGUUCACGGGAUGCAGGCUCACAUCAGCGACACCGGCUUCAACCUGGCCGUGACUGGACACAACACUUUUAACCUCCCGGGACAGACCAGGAACCUGAUUGACACACUCAGAGGAUAUGAGGGUCUGAACUUUGAGGAGGACUGGAAGCUGCUGACCAUUUUAAUGGGAAUGAACGACAUCUGUGAUUACUGCAAAGACAAGGCUCUGUUUUCUGUGGACAACUUCAUUCACUACAUGACCGUCUCCCUGGAAAUGCUCAUGAAUGAGGUUCCUCGUCUGAUCGUAAAUGUGGUUCAGAUUCUGCCCAUGAGGAGCCUGAGGGAGGUGCAGAGGCCCACCCCGGGGUGUCUGCUCCAGAGAUCUUUCUGUUCAUGUCUGAUCGAGCCGGUGUCUGGCUCUGCUCAGCUGAAGGAGUUGCUGGAAGUCAACCUGGAAUUUCAGGUCAGGAGCAAAAAGAAACAAUCAUAUUUAAUGAUGCACAUUUAA